AAAGUCGCCGGGAGAGGCACGAGAUGGAAAAGCCUGAAGACGAAAAUGACAUGGAGGAGCUCAGAAAAAAGUGGGACCCUUUCCUCCUUAAGCCAGUCAUCGACGAAGAAGAGAAACCCACAAAGUUCCUCCGUUCCUUGAACUAUUUGGUGUCCACGGUGGUCGGGCUGCUGGUUUUCGCCUUCGGUUUCUUCAGUAAGGCUUCGCUCCUGCUCAUGAUCACAGUGACCGGCAGCGACUCCAGCACGGUGCUCAACAAGCCCUUCUGCAGGCUCAUCCUCGGCUGCAUGCUGGUCGUCCCCAACGUCCUGACAUUUGUGAAGAGUCUGUGGAAAGCCAUCUUCAAAACCUCGGAGAUGCCCUCCAGGCCGGCCAUCGCUUUCGUGUGCCUGGUCGACGUGCUUGUCGCCGGUGGGACGGCGGUUCUCAUCGUGAUCGCCAUGCCUCACUUCGACAUCCUUAACAACACGAUGAUGCUGAGCGGCAUCUGCAUUCUGCCCGCAGCUUUCCAAGUGGCCCAUCAGUGUCUGCCCAUGGGCUUUAAGCUGUGGACUUUCAUAGCCUCCCUGCUGUCCGUGUUCCUUGUACUCGUCGGUUACAUCACUUUCUUUAUUCAUUCCAUUAACAGCCUGAGCCCUGGCAUUAUGGUGUACACGGGCAUCGCCAUUGCCUGCACUUUACUGGUUUCCCUGAACUGGUGGGAGAAUUUCACCACAAUUCUGCCCGGCAAACACCUGAAAAGCAUUCAAGGAAGCCUCCAGAAGUCCAGAAACAUGACAUACCUGCUGUCGAGCUGCGUGCGCAUCAUAGUCACUGGCGCCGUGGUGGGCGGCUACACCUACGCCACAGAGGACGGUCUGUUCUUCACCAUGCCAUACAGACUGGACAUCACCCUUAGCCUGUUUGUCAUUCAGGUGGUCGCCUCGGCGCUCUGCCGGUGGUUUUCGGUGAUCGCCUCCAAAAUGCACGUCUUCAGGCGCUGCUUUGCCUUCCCCAUGGUCCUCAUGAGCCCUGCAGUCUUGGCCUUCUUCAUCAUUGUCUUCAGCGACCGCUACAAUCACUUCCAGCAGGACAUCGACUGCUCCAACUGCUCCCUCAGCCUGUACUGCCAGCAGUCAUCGUCUUACAUCGGGCACGGCGUGAAGCAAGCGGGCGAGCUCUUCAGGGACAUCAGUAACAAUCUAUGCAAUAAAACGGGCAUGGCAGACCAGCAGCGGGUAUCCCUGGUCCUGAUUGGAGUGUCGUCUUUGAGCUUCUGGGCAGGACUGGUACUCUCCACCAUAUACGUCUGGCUUACCAAGUUCCAGAGGAUCGAGAGGACGUCAAAGCUGUUUGUGAGACGUCUGUACGAGGCGGCGUUCAUCGACCAGUCCAUGCUGCUGAACGUGCGGCUUUGCCAGACACAACCAGAGGAGACCUUGUCUACCAGUGAAAGCAGGGAACACGUCACGAUCUACCUGUGUGCGACGAUGUGGCACGAGACCUUCGAUGAAAUGCUGAAGAUUCUGACCUCUCUGUUCAGGCUUGACAAAUAUCAGCCAAAGCAACAGUCGAGGCGCAACAAGAUGAGUUUCGAGGCCCACAUUGUCUUUGAUGACGCCUUUGAAGGAAAGCAGCGGAAACUGAACAGAUACGCAGUCAACCUGGUGGAGGUCAUUCAAGAAGUGUACCGAAUUUUUAUGGAGGAGGAGAGCUCCAUCUUCAGAAAAGACUACGAAAUGCCACGGCAGAAGAUGGUGAGGACGCCUUAUGGGGGUCGCCUGUGCUACUCGCUGCCCAGGGGUAAUGACCUCUACGUCCACUUUAAGGACACCAGCAAGAUCCGGCAGAAGAAGCGCUGGUCGCAGAUCAUGUACAUGUAUUACCUCCUCGGGUGGAAGCUCACCAAAAAGUAUUUUGACAAUAUAGAAAAUGGCGACUUGAAGACCUUGGAGGAGCGACUCCUGAAGGAAAAACACAACACCUACGUCCUGGCCUUGGAUGGGGAUACGGACUUCCAGCCGUCUGCCCUGAUGCUGUUGGUCGAUCGUCUUCGGAUGUACCCGCAAGUGGGUGCCGCCUGUGGACGGAUUCACCCAACAGGGAUAGGGCCCAUGGUGUGGUACCAGAAGUUUGAGUACGCAGUCGGCCACUGGCUUCAGAAGACGGCUGAACACGUCUUUGGAUGUGUGCUCUGCAGUCCCGGCUGCUUCAGUCUGUUCAGGGGGUCGGCGCUCAUGGACGACAACGUGAUCAGGCGCUACACCACCAAGGCCACUGAGGCGGCCCACUAUGUGCAGUACGAUCAGGGUGAGGACCGCUGGCUGUGCACCCUGCUGCUGCAGCAAGGCUGGCGAGUGGAGUACAACGCCGCCUCAGAUGCCUACACCAACUCCCCCCAGGAGUUUAAAGAGUUCUACAACCAGAGACGCCGCUGGGGGCCUUCAACGCUGGCCAACACCCUGGACAUUCUGAACAUGGGCAGGCAAAUCGCCAGGAGAAACCCGUCCAUAUCAAGGCCAUACAUUGUCUACCAGAUCAUUUCAAUGGCUUCGUCCAUCCUGUCACCAGCCUCCAUUUGCCUGAUGAUCGCAGGCGCUUUUCGAUACGUGUUUGAAGUGGACCCAAAUGGAUCCCUUUGCUUGGCUGUUCUCCCGGCUGUACUGUAUAUUGUCGUCUGCUACACCACGAAAGCAGAAAUCCAAAUAGCAGUGGCCGCCAUCCUCAGCGUCCUUUAUGCAUUUCUAAUGUUGGCCACAAUUAUCUCUAUCAUCGGAGACAUUAUAAGUGAGCAGACCUUUUUCACUCCCACUGCCAUCUUUUUAUUUUCCAUGACCACGAUGUACACAGUGACAGCCGUGUUACAUCCACAGGAGUUUUACAUUCUAAUUUACGGCCUCCUCUACUUAAUCACCGUCCCGAGUGCUUAUCUGCUCUUGAACAUAUACGCCAUGGUGAACAUGAACAACGUCUCAUGGGGGACCAGAGAAAAACAAACUCCCGAAAUAAGCAAACCAAGCAGCACCUCCAGCAAGAGAGUCCAGGACACCAAAAUGUGGGGCUUUUCCUGCUGUAGCUUUGGAGUUCAUGUCAGCAAGAACUCAAAGGUAUCAGACGCUUCAGAGACUCAGCAGCUAAUUGAAGUUAAAAGGUAA